AACCGAGAAAGAGCAGCCCCGUUCUUCUGCUGCUGCUGCUGCUGUUGCUGUUGCUGUUGCUGUUGCUGCUUUGUAAUGCUCUCCCGGAGUCGCUAGGACAAGGCCCUCCUGCGAGCGGUUUAGGAGAAAACCCAACCUUACUUUUUCCACAUUUCGACAGCUCAAAAGACUUCCUUUGUCUCUCUUUCUCUCGCUUCUCCCGUCGCCAGACAAGUCAUCUCCAAGCCUACGGGCUACGGGCCUACACCUACGCUGCUUUCUCUGUGUCUGUGUGUGUGUGCGCGCGUGUGUCUGUCUCGGUUCGUCUCCUCUUCACCUGGCUGACAGUAAGAAACCUGAGAGAGAACAGCUCUGUUUGAAUGCUGGCAUGGAAGGAAGAGACAUCUUUGUGCAAUCGGGCCGCACUGAAACUGGCCCUGGCGGCGGUGUCCAAGGGGAAGCUGUGAAGGACUCGCUGUCAACAUCGCCAUCUCCAAGCCCAUCUCCGACUCCGUCGCCACCAGAUGCGCCGGUUAUGGGCAGUGUUGUUGGUAGGAUGGCGGUGGGAUCGGGAGGUUUGGGUUCACAGGGUCCAGGCAUGGGGAUGGAAAUCGGGAUGGGAAUGGGGACGAUGGAAUGCGGCGUCGGCGUCGUUGGUGAAGAGGAUCUCUCGAGGAAGAAACGAGGAAGACCCAGGAAGUACGGUCCAGAAGGCAUGUCUCUGGCUCUGUCUCCCAACUGGUCCUCUUCACCGCUGUCCCCUGGUUCAGAUUUUGCUGCCAAACGGAGUAGAGGGCGGCCACCGGGCUCUGGUAAACGCCAGCUCCUCGCGGCUCUUGGGGAAUGGUUUGCGUACUCUGCUGGUGGCAAUUUUACCCCCCAUAUUGUUACCAUUGCUGCGGGAGAGGAUGUUGCAGCCAGGAUCUUUUCCUUCUCCCAAAAGGGUCCCAGGGCCAUAUGCAUUCUCUCAGCUAAUGGUGCCAUUUCCAAUGUUACUCUACGCCAACCAGGUUCUUCUGGUGGUACCUUAACAUACGAGGGUCGCUUUGAGAUAUUAUCAUUGUCAGGAUCCUUUGCAAUCACUGAUAAUAGUGGUGUUCGUAGUAGAACUGGAGGACUAAGUGUCUCCUUGGCCGGCCCGGAUGGUCGUGUUGUUGGUGGUGGGGUUGCUGGACAGUUGUUGGCUGCUAGUCCUAUUCAAGUUGUGGUUGGAAGCUUCAUGCCAAACACCUUAAAAGAACAUAAAAAGAAACCCAACCCCGAGCCUUCAGCAUUCUCCCCAGUCCCCACUAGCGCUGGUGUUUUAACCACCGCAAGGCCUAUUUCUCAAGCAAAUCCUGAUGAAGAGUGCGAGACUCCGACUUCAACAUUGCCAAGUCAAGACCGUGGCAGUGAGGUGGACAACAACAUGAGCAGCACUCCGAACCUGAAUUCCAGUUCUUUUCAGCCGGUUAGUUGGCAUGAGCUUCAGCUGUCAUCAGAGCAGAAGCCUUCUCCAGAUAUUAACAUUAGCUUGCCCGGAGAGUAGCAGGGGUGGGCAUGCGACAAGCGGUGUUGAACCUAACACUGUUAGGUUAUCUAACUGAUCGAGCUGAUUACUCUAGUAGGUGUUAGGCUAGGAGUAGUUGCACGCAAAGACGGACUGGGUAGGACUUACAUGAUAGGUGAUCGAGCAGUUGGAUGCUGAAUUCAUUUCCCUAUUAAUGAUAUUUACUUUUAUGGAGGAUGAUCUUUCAAGUUUAUGACCGUUGUUUAAUUGUUUGUUUAUGUUCGUCAUUGGCUAAGAGGGAUCAGUGUUGUGUCCCCUGAUCUCCUUGUUUGGAUGGUGGCUGGGCGCUACAUAUAUAUGCACUUGAUAGAACCCGUGAAAUACUGUUUAUGAUGAAAAUCUACUUGAUGUUGUUAACA